AUGGAAGGAAGUGCAUUAAAUGCUGCCACCGGAACCGGAAAUAUCCCUUGUCCCUCCUCUUCAAACAAGAAAUCAAAAAGAGUGUCAGAUAAUGUAUCUGCUUAUACUGUUCAGUGUGCCAAAUGUUCCAAAUGGAGGUUCAUCCCAACAAAAGCGAAGUAUGAGGAGAUACGAGAAACGAUAGCAGAGCUGCCCUUCGUUUGUGAAACAGCUCGUGAAUGGCGACCUGACAUUACCUGUGAAGAGGAACCAGAUCUUGUACGAGAUGGCAGCUGGAAUUGGGCAAUAGACAAACCCUGUAUUCCUCAGCCUCCUUCUGGUUGGCAACGAAUUUUACGAAUUAGGGCUAGAGGAGGCACAAAAUUUGCUGAUCUUUACUAUGAUGCACCAUCAGGGAAACGAUUACGAUCAAUGCAGGAAGUUCAGAGUUACCUGUAUGAGCAUUCAGAGCCGGGUGUAACAUUGUCACAGUUCUCGUUUCAAAUUCCUGAACCGUUAGAGGAAAAUUAUGUGCGAAAACGUCGUACUCUGUCUGCUACUUUGAAUGACACGAGUGGUGCUGUGGUGCCAGUUGCUGCCACUCCCAUAUCAUGGAUUCCUCCAGACCAGAGUAGAGACUUGCACUUUGGUGGGGAACGGAACUCUACUUCAGAUGCUGAGGCUCCAGCUGAAAGUUGA